AUGAGCAAUCAACCUCCAGCUGACGGCCUGGAUCCGGCGCUAUAUUUCUUAUCUACACAGAUCCAGGCCAAUUAUGAAGACCAGGAGCACAAAGACACGAAAGUCUCACAGUUGCACAAGUUCAGAAAAGCAGUCAAUUCGCCAACACUCAAGAUCCCCAAACCGGCUAAAGUAGCCAAGUCUAAGCGCAAGACCACGAAGAAAGCUACGCGUCCGAUCAACUCGAUCAGCGCGUUUGUUCGGGAGACUUUGGGUGGCAAAAAACCCGCGGAUCCACAGACGCUCCUUGACCAGUUUUUGGGUGACCAAACAAAGCUAGAUAAGUUCUUGAACGAGGUCGAGGCGGCCACGGCAACGCCGCAUUUGCUCUCGAAAAAGCCCCGUGGCCAGGACUCGUUGCUAUUCUCCGGGCCGGAAUGGAAGGACUUCUCCGAAAGACUACGUCUCAAGUUCCCGAAUCUCUCGAAGGGGAACAGAAAGAGCUUGAAA